CGCGAGAUAAGGGAGCUCGCAGCCUGUUGUAAACACGGCGUUUGUUUACGUAUUUGUGUGGUGUGUCUUACUUAAUUCAAUCAUUUAUAGAUUUUUGUACCCAAACCAACACCGUGUACUAUGGCCACUGCAACUACGCAAGUAGUGCAAGGGAGCAUGGAGGCCCGCAAGCGCCGUGCUGGCUCCUUGGGGUCAGACGAGGACGAGAGCGCGGGCAGCAAGUACGGCCGUCUUGAGUCCGGCGACGACAACCUCCAGGACAAGGAGAGGUUUGCCAGUUGCAGCGGUGAUGGCAGCGUUCAGAGCGCUGGUGCCAGCAAUCCACCUUCCUCUACUCCUGAAUCAAGAGAGAACCACUGCGAAAUAGAGCGGCGGCGACGCAACAAGAUGACUGCCUACAUAGCCGAGCUCAGCGACAUGGUGCCUACAUGUUCAGCCCUCGCCCGUAAACCUGACAAGCUCACCAUCUUGCGCAUGGCUGUUGCGCAUAUGCGCUCACUCAGGGGUCCCGAGCUAUCCAACGGAGGCAUGGGAACGGGCAACACGAGCGCCGACGGCUCCUACAAACCAUCCUUCCUGACGGACCAGGAGCUCAAGCACCUCAUCCUUGAGGCGGCUGAUGGGUUCCUGUUCGUCGUGGGCUGUGACAACGGCCGCGUCAUCUACGUCUCGGACUCCGUCACGCCCGUCCUCAACCAACCACAGAACGACUGGUUUGGGACGUCAAUAUACGAGCACAUUCACCCCGACGACGUGGAGAAGGUGCGUGAGCAGCUCAGCUCGCAGGAACCUGCCAACCAGGGGCGCAUCCUCGACCUCAAGACGGGGACUGUCAAGAAGGAGGGACAUCAGUCGUCGAUGCGGUUAUGCAUGGGCUCCCGACGUGGCUUCAUCUGCCGCAUGAAGAUCGGUCAGGUCGGGCCCGACGGCAUGGCCAACGGUCACCUCAACAGACUGCGGCAGCGCAACUCUUUAGGCCACUCGGUUGAUGGACACAACUACGCUGUCCUCCACUGUACCGGAUACAUCAAGAACUGGCCGCCCACCGGAGUCCAGAUGGAACGCGUGGAGGAGGACAAUCAGACGGCCAGUCCAUCACACUGUUGCCUUGUGUCCAUCGCCAGACUGCAGGUGACAUCGACACCCAACACAGCCGACCUAAUGGGAUCAUCGGCGGCUAACGAGUUCAUAUCCCGGCACGCAAUGGACGGGAAGUUCACAUUCGUGGAUCAGCGCGUGACGAACGUGCUGGCCUACAGCCCCCAGGAGCUGCUCGCCAAAAGCUGCUUCGACUUCUUCCAUCCUGAGGACCAGACGCACAUGAAGGAGAGCUUCGACCAGGUUUUGAAGUUGAAGGGGCAGGUGAUGUCGGUGAUGUAUAGGUUCAGGGCCAAGAACAGGGAGUGGGUCUGGCUACGCACCUCAGCCUUCGCCUUCCUCAACCCCUACACCGACGACAUCGAGUACAUCGUCUGCACCAACACUGCCACAAAACCCAUCGGUGGGGGAGGGGGUGAUGGGGAUGGAGGUGUGGGUGAACAGCACAACCCACACGAUAGCUCGACGGGGCCACUCCCCCCCACGACGUUGGCAGCUCCCCCAGCUCCCCCUCACUACUCCCACCAGCCUUCCCUCGACUAUUCCCUCACUGGGAGACGGGACGUUUAUGCUCACAUGCUCCCCUCUGCACACCUACAAGGAGGGCGACCGAGCAGCACACAGGGCGUGUAUUAUGAAGCAGGCCAGUCCCCCCUGCAGGGAUACUCUCCCUCCACUCCCCAGAGCACCCCUCUUACUUCACAGGGUAACGAAGGAGGCGGCGCGUAUACCUCAUACGCCACCAACAGCAACAUCUCCCCCUCACGGUCCCCCUCAACCCCUUCCUACACCCCUCUCUCCACCGCCCCACGCGCCCCCCUACCGUCAUAUUCAACCCCUCAAGCAGGCAUGUGGCAGUACCCAGGCUUGACAGAGGACGGGGGACCUUCAACCAGUGCUGUCCACCACCCCCAUCCCUCCCAGGGAGCCCCACACCCCGGCACCCAGCAGCAGCAUCAACCUGAGCUCACGGAUAUGCUGCAGAUUUUGGACCAGUCGGGCCACAGUAACUUUGAUUUGAACAACUUGAGCAUGUUCAACACAAACUUUGAAUGAUGGCGUCACGUAGGAGGCGGGUUACGGGGUAUCACAGGCGGGUCACGGGCCGGUACAUGCGGGUCACGGGGUAACACAGGCUUCAUCUAUUUACAGGGGUACGAAGGAUACGUCGAUCUCAAGAAAACAGGCGAAGUAGGCCUGGCAGUAGGCUUUGCUGCAGCCUAAUACAGCGUGACGUAAUGUGACGGACAUUUUCAGAUUUUUGAACCCCUGAUUUUGCUGUGAAUUACAAGCUUUUAGUGGCACGAUGCGUGCAUUUCUGUGUUUACUUCAUCGUGUAAGUUGCAUAAUUGUGUGUUCACGUUUUCCUUUCAUUAAAAGACAGCAGUAUAGCAACUGGGCUAAUAAUAAACGGGAUCGGUGGGUAAAUAUUAUAUAAUCGCGAGGUUGAUUUGUUACAUCAUUUGUCUUCGUAAUUGUUCAAUUGUGUUGGUGAUAAGUAGGAAGCUCUUUUACUGAUAAUUUAAACUUGUAAUAUUUACUCGUUAACGGCAACCUCAUAUCAAAAUGAGAUGGAAGCCAUACAAGUAAUCAUGUUCUAUUGUUUAGUUAUGCCCUUGUGCUCUAGUACGAUGAUGAACACUUCUGUUCCAUGAAUAAGUAAUAAACUUUCGCUGCAUGUGGGGGCAGCGACGUGCCUUUAUAGUGCACAUUUUACCAUAUCAAGGCUGGCGCGCUCAGGAGUCGUAGUGUUUAAAUAGUGACACUCUCACCACGCUGCACUGAUACGUCCUUAUGCCGGGCCAAACUGGGUUGGGAUGACCAAUACAAUGACAGAAAGUGCAUAGCUAAAUGGACAAAAUCGCACUCAUUUCUCCGAGUGCGCAGAGGUUAUAGCUGCGGGCCACCCGCAACACGAACCUUGUACUGCAUUCCGCGUGUAUAUAAUUCGUCUGAAAGUUUCACCUUUUCUCACUUACCAUUUAAUGAUCUAGUUCUACGAUAUUGAUAGGUUACUUAUUUUUUCUUAUGCUUGAAAUUCUUGCUCAGCAAUGCACUCGUGCGCGUCAUUUGGUUUCAGUGGUCGCGACUUCUGUUUGGUGUGUGCGUUCCUCGUACAACAAUAGAAUUAAAUAUAUUGUUGAAAGUUUGUACGUAUCUUAUGUGUACAUUUCUUUAAUUAAUCAAACGUUCAUCGUCUUUAUUAAAGUUGAUAUAAUUUGUUGUGGAAGAGAAACGUCAGCACUCUCGUUACGGUGUUAAUUUUGUACGAAUCAAUAAACUAUGUAAAGUAUAUACGUCGACGUAUGUAACGUAUACGUCACGUGUACUCGAGUGGUGGGCUGGUGACGUCAUAAGUACAAUUGUUGAAUGUGUGGUUUUGACUCUCAAGUCGGCUGUCCUGUAGGCUUAGUAAGGUUAAUUCAAUUAUCUGGACAUAUCAUCACAAAUUUAAUUAGAACUUAACGCACUGUGAAUGCUACGCAUAGUCACUGAUUGUAUUCUCUGGUUAUGCAAUGGUCUGUUGAAUGCCGAGUGUGCACUGUACACCAGUAGAUUGUUCGACAAUCUUUGAGGAUAGUAAUUACCUGAAACAUGUGUUUGAAUUUUAAUUCUUUGUCCGUUUCAUAAUUUGUACUUUUUAUCAAAAUAUUAAUUCUCUUCUCGAAAUCAUCUUUUUUUAUGUAAGCGAAGCGUUUGUUCUACAGUACCCUAUACAUCAACUAAAUGAAUGCAGUUGAAUGUAUGAAGUGAAUGUAUCCGUCAAGAGAAGGUAUGCCGUAGCAGACAUUCCAAAGCUUUUAUUUAAUAUGAACAGACACGUCGCGGGAUCUGUUCUACUGUUGCCAUAUUUGUAGUGUUAAGAUCAAAGUUCUUUCGUCUUAUUAUCAAAAAGUCCCACGAUGAAGCCUCAGCGUGCAAUAAAUCCCGCUCGAAGGAUGGGUUCUCAUGAAUGUACCCUAAUAAGAACUUCAUGGGUGGAUCAAGAACUCCAUGGAUGUAUCCUACCACGAUAAACUUCAUGGGUGUACCAUUCCAUGAAGUCCCAUGACUUGAAUGCGCGGUAAUGAAUCUCUGUGUUGAAUUUACUAUUUUUUAAGCUAUUGUUUGGUAGACGCUCGCUGGCCAAUUAGGGAAACGUUUUGAGCCACGUCAACCUUUAAUCUUAAGCUCGUUUAAGAGUUUUUUUUUUUCAAUCGGCAUUUCGCUGGUGUUUAUAGCCAUACAAAUAAACGCGGCUACCUUCAUAGGCCGCGUAUUGAACUGUUCCGUCACGAACUUUUCAUUAUUUUACGUGAAUGGCAAAUAUGGCGAUCCAUUACCCGAUGUCUUUUGCGUUGUGCAGGCGCGGAAUAUUUUGGAAAUUGAUAGACUUAUUUACUAGUUACAUCAAGUCCACGGCGAAGGCAUUCAACGUACAAGAAAUCAAGUAUACUGAAUAAUCAGAUUGUGGAGAAAUACUGAGAUUGAGGACAAGUCUACCGUGAAUGAUGCAGCAAUUUUCCAGACUGAAGUUACUGUAGGCUACUUAAAAGUAGUUCUUAAGUAAUGUUAAUAGUACGCUGAAUUGCGCGUUGUAUAUUCAUGUCGUGUACAUAGUGACAGGAGGCGCUGCUAGGCAGCGUCAGAGCUGCAAUCAACUCCCGGUAUUUUAUGCUGAUUUAUCUCAUAAAACAUGCAUCUUUUUUACGGGUGCAUGGAGUCUCACUCAAUUCGAUAUGUUUUUUUUGAAACCUAUUGAAUACAGGAAUUUUCUGUGGCUUUGCUAGUUCUUCAUGAGGACUCGCGUCAAGAACAGAAAUUUCAAGGACCUCGGUUUCAAAGGAUCGUCGUGUAUAUUGGAAAAAUUUCAAUGUGGAAAUUCGACAUUUGCUACAAAAUCAUGUUCUUGAAAACGGCCAAUUCAAAAUUUUCGUAGAGCAUUGAAUUUUUUUCAAUUGUUAUUGCAAGUUUGGCGCGGUACAAGCUGCUAAAUUCGUUGCUUCACUGGCAGCGUAAGAAGCAACUUGAACUUUGAAGUGGCUCAAACCUUUCUAUACGGAUACAUUAACCGUACUUAAUGUUAUUCGUAUCAAAGUCCUGGUAACUAAAGUUAUCGUAGUAGGUAACCGUGACAUUUGAAUCUCACGAAUUCGUAAUUCGUAUAGCAAAUCACGUGCGAAUUAUCAAGCGCUCGAUGAAAUUUUUUAUCUUCUUGGAUGUUCUGAUAAUUGCGUCAGUUUAUUUAGUUGUUUGAGGUUAGGGAGGUUUAGCAACAAUAGAGUUCUGUACAUUAGUAGCUAAUUAUUAUAAAUAAAACCUAUUCUUAAUGAA